AUGACUUCAGUAUCUCGAAAAUACGACCUGAUAGUGCUCGGAGCUACCGGGUACACUGGUCGGCUCACGGCUGAGUACAUCCAAGAGCAUAUCACGACAGAUUUGAAAUGGGCGAUUGCGGGACGCAAUGGUUCGAAACUCUCUCGACUCGCCGACGACCUCAAAGGCAUCAAUGCGGACCGAGUUCAGCCCGGCCUUGAGGUCGUCGAACUCAACCGCGACGACUUGCAACAGCUCGCGCAGAAGACUCAGGUGCUUAUUUCUACGGUCGGGCCUUUCGCCAAGUUUGGCGAGCCUGUCGUCGAGGCGUGCGUAAAGUCUAAGACGCAUUACUUUGACAUAACCGGCGAGACGCCUUUCACGCUCGAUAUGUUACAGAAGUAUCAUGAUUUGGCGAAGAAGAACGGCGUGGUGCUUGCCCCUCAUUCUGGUGUGGACUCCGUUCCGGCCGACAUUUUGACCUACCUAUGCGUUCAAAAAAUCCGGCAAACCUACGGCGUGGGUGUUAGGGAGAGCAUCAACGUUCUCCACGAGUUGGGGGGCGGGCCCAGUGCCGGCAGCCUGGCUACCAUGGUGUCCCUCAUUGAAACGUAUUCGUUUCAAUUUACACACUGCGCCCUGAGGCCGUACGCGCUCAGUCCAAUCCCGCCGCCCAAGGCUGCGGGCACCGUGUCAUUGCUCGACAGACUCCUUGCAUCGCGCUAUAUCCCGCCGUUUGGAGUCGUGACCCACUUUCCGCAAGCCGAGUGUGAUAUCGGAAUUGUCCACCGGUCCUGGGGACUAUAUGAGCAAGGAAAAUACUAUGGCGACAAGUUCCGGUUCUAUGAGUACCAGAUCAUUGGGAGGCGGUUGAAGGCCUUUUUGACGCAUUACACCGUGUCCUUGGUCCGGACGGCGCUGAGGCUCCUCCCACCAUUUCGAUGGCUGGUGAAGAGGCUCCUCCCGCCCUCCGGCAGCGGCCCACCAAAGUCCGAAUUUGCGAAUUACCGAGUUUUCUUCGCCACCGUCGCCACUGCCGACUGCGAGCCUACGCGGCGAGUCAUGGCUUCAUUGAAUUACAAGGGGUCGCCGUACUAUCUGACGGGCGUGCUGGUAGUCCAAGCAGCACUGACGCUGCUAGAAGGCGGCGAUACCCUGGGAAGGAAACUGAAAGGUAUGGUUACGCCGGCAACAUGGGGAAUGGAGCUGGUCGAUCGGAUGAAACAAGCUGGCGUUGAGUUCCGAGUCAGCCUUCUCGAUUGA